CUUUACACUUCAACCGAACCACUUCGAUUGAUCAACAUGUCUGGACGCGGAAAGGGAGGAAAGGGACUCGGUAAAGGAGGCGCCAAGCGUCACCGUAAAGUUCUCCGUGAUAACAUCCAGGGGAUCACCAAGCCCGCUAUCCGCCGUCUGGCUCGCCGUGGCGGAGUGAAGCGUAUCUCCGGUCUCAUCUACGAGGAGACCCGCGGGGUGCUCAAGGUGUUCCUGGAGAACGUCAUCCGUGACGCCGUCACCUACACCGAGCACGCCAAGAGAAAGACUGUGACCGCCAUGGAUGUGGUUUAUGCUCUCAAGAGACAGGGCCGCACUCUCUACGGCUUUGGAGGUUAAACAGGACCACACACAUCAACAACCACAACAAACGGCUCUUUUAAGAGCCACCCACUACAACUACC